AUGAUCAAGAGACGCACUCGCCCACCGCCCCACCUCCGUCAAAGAUCCCUCGAGCUCCCAGACGACCAGACAGAGGGUGACGACUCCCCGCAAGAUGGCGACGAAAAGCUAGAUGUCACGGACCUCAUCGAGCUGCGCAAGCUCCGGCGUGCGCGAGAGGGUAUCGAUGCCGCCAGGCUCACGAAGGGCGACGUGAAGAAGAAGCGGAAACGCCCGCGCGAGGGAGAUGAGCCGCAGGGCGGCCUGAGGAAGGGCGCGGACGUGAAUGAUAAUGAGGAGGAGGAAGAGGAGGACGCAGAGGCGAAGGCGCGCAGAGUCGUCCGGACGAACAACUUCACGCAGCAGACGAAUGUACUCGACGUGGACAAGCAUAUGAUGGCGUAUAUAGAGGAGCACAUGAAACUUCGGCAGGGAGCACAAGAAGAGUCCGAGCAGGACAGCGGCCCCCCAGAUCCCUACGCCGAACUCUUCCGCGUCCCUGAUCGGUAUAAAGUCCGGCAGGAGAAGAAGGAGCAGGAUGAGGGGAACGUCACGAACAGUCUCGCGAUGCUCACCGCUAUUCCCGAAGUCGACCUUGGGAUGGAUACCCGGCUGAAGAACAUCGAGGACACAGAGAAGGCAAAGCGCAUCAUUGCGGAGGAGCGGAAGGAGCGGAAGAAGAAAACGGACGACGAAGAACGUCUGGCUGGUUCCCGCUUCUACCGCCCCAAUCUCAAGACGAAAUCCGACGCAGACAUCCUCCGAGACGCGAAGCUCGAGGCUAUGGGAAUGCCUCCCGACGAACAUCGGAGAUCCCAUCGUGAACGGGCCCAAAUGGCCACCGAUGAAAUGGUCAUGGAGCGCUUCAAGAAGAGGAUGCGCAAAUGA